AUGACCACCAUCCGCUACGCCACCGAAGCCGACGCGCCCGCAAUCGCCGAGCUAAACAUCAUCUGUUUCCAAGAUGCCCCCAUGUACCGCAACAUGCUCCCAAACAUCGACCCUCUAUCCGCCACGCCCAUGAAAAUCUCCCGCACCUACGACAAACUCUCAAACCCCAAGAUGCACGUACUAGUCGCUACAGACUCCACCUCGAAUCAAAUCCUGGGAUGCGCACGGUGGCUUAUGCCCGACCCGAGUCCGAAAUGGCGGAACGAGAGUGAGAUGGUGGUCCUCUCCGACGAAGCAAGGGCCAAGGCGGCGCAGAUGGCGCAGCUGCGGCCGGCAGGGAUGAAUGUAGCGGUCUACGAGGGAUUGCUGAAGGCGCUGGAGGAGAUGAGGGAGAAGUACGUCAGGGAUGGGGAUAUCGGUGAGUUUGCACUUUUCAGCUACUUAUCUGUAGAUGCCGGGCAGCUGACGGGGGUAGUUCUGGAACUUCUGGUGACGCAUCCGCAGCAUCAAGGGAAAGGGGUGGGAAAGGCCUUGCUGGACUGGGGAGUGCGGAUGGCAGACCAGACAAAUGCGCGGAUUUAUCUGGAGGCCACGCCGGAGGGGUAUCCGCUGUAUAGCAAGUAUGGAUGGCGGGAUGUGGAGGAUAUUGUGAUUGAUUACUCGGUGUAUGGGGGGGAGGGAGAUGCCACAUAUGUAGUUAUGAUUCGGGAGCCGGCUCUCAAUCAUCCAAACUGA